AUGUGUGAAGAAUAUGAUGCUCUCAUGAAAAACAAAACUUGGAAGCUAGUGCCGUACAAACAUGGCACCAAUGUCAUUGACUGUCGAUGGAUCUACAAAAUCAAGCGUAAGGCUGAUGGAACCAUUGAUAGAUACAAGGCCAGGCUGGUGGCCAAAGGCUUUAAGCAGCGAUAUGGUUUAGACUAUGAGGACACCUUCAGUCCUGUUGUCAAGAUUGCCACUGUUCGUCUUGUUCUAGCACUUGUUGUCUCUAGGGGAUGGAGUUUGCGACAGUUAGAUGUAAAGAACGCGUUUCUACAUGGUGUUCUGGAAGAAGAGGUCUACCUGAAACAACCACCAGGUUUUGAAGACAAGAAAAGGCCACAGUAUGUGUGCAAACUUGACAAGGCACUUUAUGGACUGAAGCAAGCACCUCGCGCAUGGUAUGCUCGCUUAAGCUCCCAGUUGAUGCGCCUUGGUUUUGUAGCUUCCAAGUCCGACACUUCAUUGUUAAUUUAUCGUAAGUUCAGUGUUACCAUCUUCGUGCUCAUAUAUGUGGAUGAUAUUAUAGUUGCCAGCUCUUCCAUGGCGGCAACAGAUGCACUGUUGAAGGAUUUGAGUAAGGAGUUUGCUCUUAAGGAUCUAGGUGAUCUUCACUAUUUCUUAGGCAUUGAAGUUCAGAAGAAGAAUGAUGGACUUGUUCUUAGUCAAGCCAAAUAUGCACGGGAUGUGCUGGCCCGAGUUGGUAUGAAGGAUUGCAAAGGAGCACCAACACCAUUGUCUUCUUCAGAAAAGAUCUCAGCUUAUGAAGGAGAGCCAUUGGGUCCUGAAGAUAGCACAAAAUACAGAACAAAGAGAGUUUUGACAUAUGUGAAGCAUACAGUUGAUGUUGGGUUGACAUUCAUGAGGUCACGCUCUACCCUGGUUAGUGCCUUCUCAGAUGCUGAUUGGGCAGGCUGUGAAGAUGACCGCAGGUCAACUGGAGGUUUUGCUGUCUUUCUUGGACCAAAUCUUAUUUCCUGGAGUGCAAAGAAACAAGCUAGAGUAUCACGGUCCAGUACUGAGGCAGAGUACAAGUCUGUAGCUAAUGCCACAGCAGAGGUGAUAUGGAUACACCCUGGCCACGGCCGUCGCCUGUUCGACGGAAUGCCUCCUAAGAAGAAGCGCAAGAGUCCACCGCCGGUGAGCGUCGCGGACCGUAUCAGCGCCCUCCCCGACAGUCUCCUCCACCACGUGCUCUCCUUCCUCCCAGCGCAGGCCUCCGUACGGACGUGCGUGCUUGCUCGGCGCUGGCGCCACCUCUGGAGGUCCACCACAGGCCUGCGCAUCGUCGGCCUUGAUGACGAGGUGGAAUUAGAUGUUGAAGAUCUCCGGAAGUUCGUGGACCAUCUGCUGAUCCUGCGUGAGCGCACCGACCUAGACUCUGUCGAGAUCAAAUUCAAUGAAUUCUGUGACGAAGACCAGCCCUAUGUGAAAACAUGGGUCCGUUUCGCUUUGAUGUGCAAAGUUUGCACGCUCACCCUUCAUGUCGGUGCCUCUGAAUAUCUCGACCUAGACGACCUGCCUCUUGUCUCUCGGCAUCUGAGAACAUUAGACCUUGAUGGUGUAGGCCUACAAGAGACCUUCCUUGAUUUUGGUAGCUGUCCAGUAUUGCAGGAUCUGAAGAUGAGUCAUUGCAACAUCAAUGCUUGUAGGAUAUCCUCCCAUUCCCUAAAGCAUUUGACCAUCUAUUGCUGCCUCAACCACUUCGAUUGCCGGAUCCAUGUUUCUACUCCGUGCCUUGUCUCUCUGGAACUUAGUCAUUUUUCUGGUAGAACACCGUUUCUUGAAAACAUGGCGUUGCUAGAGAGUGCACAUGUGUAUCUUAGCGAUUACUGCCAAGAUGUCUGUUUGAAUUAUGACUCUGGUGUUUUCUGUGGAGCUAAUAAUAAUGCAUGUAAGAAUUGUGUUCCUAUUGAAGACGAUUGCAGCACAGAAUAUGUUCUUCUGGGUGGUAUCUCAAAUGCUAAACACCUGAAGUUGCUACCUGGAAGUAAAACGUUCAUUUUUGCAAGAGAUUUAAAACACUGCCCUACAUUUACCAAGUUAAAAACUUUGUUGCUCAAUGAGUACUGGUGUGAGGGUCCUGAUUUGGAUCCGCUAACUUGCAUUCUGAAAAAUUCACCAGUUCUAGAGAAGCUCACUCUUCAACUCUUUUCCAAGGGACCAACUCAUAAAGUCGAAAUGAAAGGAACCUACAGUUCAGUUGAGGGACCAGCUGCAAUAUCUGAGCACCUUAACAUGGUUGAAGUCAAGUGUAAUGUGGUCGACGAAAAAAUUCUUAAAGUUUUGAAGUUCCUGACUGCAUUUAACAUACGAUUCGGUUUCGUGUAAGGGCGAGAAGAUGUGGGCUGCCAAUGGAUCUGCAAUCCCUGGCUAGAAAUACGAGGCCUAAGCAUAUAUGGUGCGACUAUGCUUCCGUCCUUUUUUGCUGGUGCAUCUUAAUUCCACUCAGAAAAACGGUGUAGAAUCCGUGAUUUAGCUUUACCGUAUCAUGUAGCAAUUUAUAUUACACCUCUGGUUCAUCUGAACUGUUUCAGCUCUAUUACUUGGUAGCACUCUCGGCGUAUCCU